AUGAAGCAUAGACCAGCUGCGAAUAGUCUAAAUUAGAAGGAGAAUGAAAAAUGCAUAGGCAAUCAAUAUUCAUACAAAUCAAGACCUCCUUUGUAAUAAGAUUUACUGAUGAACCUAAAGAAUUAACAACUCAGAAAUCUUGAUGCCAUCAGUUAGAUACUAUAAUCCAAAAUUUGUAAAGUCGAAAAAAGAGAUAAUGUUGAAUACUUCAAAUUCGACUUCAAAAAACAGAAUAUCUGUGACAGAGUGAAGUUUCUUAGUAAUUAACCAGAUGAUGAUAACAAUAAAACUGAGAAUUUUAAAGCUUAAUAUAAGGUUGGCAGUCGCAUUGGCCAAGGAGCCUAUGCUUCUGUCAGAGUAGCUAUUCAAAUUGAAUCAGGUAUUAAAGUGGCUAUCAAAAUCUAUGAGAAAUCUAAAAUACGAGAUUUAUAGCGUCGCAAAGGAGUGCGUAGAGAAAUUGAAAUUCUUGAAAAGUUAGAUCAUCCAAAUAUCGUCAAGAUUAUCGACACUUUGGAAUCAAAUAAUCACGUCAAUAUUAUAUUAGAAUAUGUAAGUGGAAGUUCACUUCAUCAUUUUAUUCGCAAAUAAUAAGUAUGUAUUAUAUAAUAAUAUAUUAGGAACGAAGACUUGAUGAAGAAACUGCUAAAACUAUAUUUAAACAAAUCCUUGAAGCAGUUUAAUAUUGUCAUUCCAAAAAUAUUGCUCAUAGAGAUUUGAAACUCGAAAACAUUUUAUUAGAGGGCUAAACUCCUAAACUCAUCGAUUUUGGCUUUUCCACUUCCUUCCCCAUUGAGAAAAAGGUCAAAAUGUUCUGUGGCACCCCCAGUUAUAUGGCUCCAGAAAUAGUCACCAGGUAAGAGUAUAGAGGAGAUAAAUCAGAUGUUUGGGCCUUAGGAGUUGUCCUCUUUACGAUGCUUCAAGGAGUCUUCCCCUUCAAAGGAGAUACUGAUGCAGAACUCUAUUCGAAAAUUCAAUCAGGAGAAUUCACUAUUAUUCAUGAUAUCUCCAAAGAGGCUAUUGCAUUACUUUAUGGAAUGCUUACUACUGAUCCAGAUGAACGACCUACUGUUAUUGAAUUACUCAACUAUCCAUGGCUUAAGAAAUACAACCUAUAUACUGAAAACGAGGAAGUCAAGAAAAAACAUAAAUUACCUGAAGAUUUAAUUGAAGAUCUUAAUACAAUUACUAAAAAUAUGUCUUUCAUUACUCCCACUAGUUAAAUCAAAUAACAAUUCUACUUUGAUUUCUCUCAUCUUAAAAAUACUUCAAAGCCAAGUACUAAUAAGGUAUUAUCAUAUUCCAUUUAUAGGCCAUCAUUCCCAAGCCCUCUUACUUCACUACCACUAAUGCCUAAACCAAAUCUAGAGAACCUUAAUUCUUCAAAGUGGAAAAAAUAUUAACCAAAAAUGAUAGACACACUACAACUCAUUCAAAAGAACGACAUCCUACAUUAUCUAAAGAAAGACAAUCCUCAUAUAGUUUUGAAUCCAGUAGAGGAUUGUCUCAGAAAAAGAAUCCUCAUUAAUUAACUGUCCAUCCUAGUUUCAUACCAAGUGAAAAGAGCUUUCACUCUUUCAAAAGUCCUCAGGUUGCUAUGAAUGAUAAGCGUUCUUUCAAUUUUUUUUAUAAUUGACUUUUUAAUUGUAUAUUAAAG